AAACAAAACGUACGCUGAACGUGAGUUUCAAGUACGAAAUACAAAACUUCGAAAUUUAAACUAGUUAAAAUCCAUCUCCAUCAGCUCGUAGAUUUAAUAAUUUCGCUGAAAACUUUCAUAGACACGAAGUAAAGAUGUCAAUCGGUGUUCCCAUCAAGGUUUUGCAUGAGGCAGAGGGUCAUAUCGUGACUUGUGAGACGAAUACCGGUGAGGUUUACCGAGGAAAACUCAUCGAAGCCGAGGACAACAUGAACUGCCAAAUGAUGAACAUCACAGUCACAUACAGAGACGGUCGAGUUGCUCAACUCGAGCAUGUUUUCAUCAGAGGUAGCAAGAUAAGAUUUCUUAUAUUGCCCGAUAUGUUAAAAAAUGCACCGAUGUUCAAGAAGACUGGGAACAAGGGUGGCACCGUAGGAAGAGGAAAGUCGGCCAUUCUCCGUGCGCAAGCUGCAGCAAAAGGAAGAGGACGAGGCAUGGAAGGUGGACGAGGUCGCGGUAACGUCUUCCAGCGAAGGAAGUGAAGAAAGAGAAAUGAACUUCGUAUAACCAGGACCUGUAAAUAAACUUUUCCGUUGGGUAGCAUUCUACUCAGGAAUGUACUAAAUGGAGGGUGAACCAGUUUUUGUAUGGCUACGCUUGUCAAGGGAUCUGUGCGGGAUUACGUUCACCGCACCAGUGUGUGGCAUCCUCCACAGGAGUGAGAUGGAGCCACUUCCAUGGACGGAGCAACUGGAAGUUCUUUACUGAUGGCAGCGGGUUAAAUUGUUUAGUCCUUCUGGAGACCAACCACCACACAGUUCUUCUGCAGCAUUGAGGCGACUCAUUUCGAAUUUUACAACUGUGAUGGAAGAUCUCAACCCCAAGGCCAUUGACCUUUCUUAGCGCCAAUCACCCUGCUGAUUUCGCUGAAUGGCCAAAAGGCAUUUCAGUUAAGCAAAAUUAGCCAUUGAGGAAACGUGAUGAGGUCUAUGCUUCAAUGUGCUUUUUGUUUUUGUGGGUUUUUUUUCCUCUCUUAUAAUGUUUGUUUAUUUUACCAGUUGUGUAUGGCUCAAGGGGAGGGGUAUACCAAAUUAGGAGAUUUGAGAGGGAAUUGGGAUGGUGUAGAAAUGUCAUUCUUCUAAUUUAGGGGAAGACCUGUUUCCCAAAUGAUGAGUUUUUCCAUAUUAGGGAGCAUAGCCUGAAAAGUUUUUAAAAGUCUAAGUGCAGUUUUAGCCCUGUGGGUCACUGUCUUCUACCUCUAAAGGGCUAGGCAAUGGAAACUAGUUUGGUAAUUACUCAAAAUAAUUGUUAGCAUAAAUAUGAGCAAUGGAGAGCUGUUGAUAUGGUAUAAAUCAUCGUGAGAGAAACAAGGGUGUUUUUUUCUUGCAUCUUUGAUGACCAAUUUAUUGAAAAUUUUGUUUUAUGCACAUAUGUUGGUUGGAAUACACCAAGUGAGAAUUUGGUCUUUGACAUUCACCAAAGGUUUGCAGGUCCAAUGCCUUUAAGACUCAAAUAUUUUAAACAAGUCUUUUGAAAGAAGAGGUUUGAAACAACAGAGUUUGACAAAAAUUCAAGUACGCUUGUUGAUCUCUUAUGUUAAUCAAGUACGCUUGUUGCUCUCUUUUAUGUUAAAAUAAUUUUUUUCACACGGUUUAUUAAAUAACUCUAGGUUUUUGUGUACUUUACUUAUUGUAUGUAAAAGCAUUUGUACUAUUGUAGCUAUAGCAUUUUAAUGGUACAAAAGUGAAGGAGAGUUAAAGGAACACGUUGCCUUGGAUCUGUCGAGUUGGUCUUUGUAAAGCGUUUGUAACCAUUUGUUAUAAA